ACCCCAACACAGCAAACAAACUGUUUGCGAAAAUGUUUCAGGAAACCUGAGUUUCUUUCUGAGGAGGCCUGCACUGUUUCAGAUACUGAUACGGAUUCCAUUACUUCAAGCCCCGAAAAACCGAGUAAUUUUGAACAAGAUUUUGAGGCUGAUUCUUCAAGGAGCAUUGAAGAUCAAGAUAUAGAGGAAGAGCUUAGAAAAUUAGAGGAGUUUGAUGACCAGAAUAAGGAUUCAAAUGCUUUAGAUAAUUCAGACAAGUCCAAUCCGGAGAAUCCUUUAGCUUCAGAUUGUGAGGAUUCAAAUAGUUUAGAAACUUUAUGGGAACAUCAAGAACUGAUUGAACAGCUGAAAAUGGAGCUGAAAAAGGUUAAAGCAACAGGCUUGCCAACAAUCUUAGAGGAAUCAGAAUGUCCAAAGAUAAUGGAUGACUUGAAGCCAUGGAAGAUUGAUGAGAAAUUCCAAUAUGCAGAUAGAAUGACCGAGCUUCACAAAUUCUACAAGAGUUACAGAGAAAGGAUGAGAAAAUUUGAUAUCUUGAAUUACCAAAAGAUGUAUGCAAUAGGGUUUCUUCACUCAAAGGAUCCAUUUCAAUCAUUUUCAAGCUACAAAUCAUCUUCAGCUCCAGCAAUUUCAUCCCUUCUCCCUCAAAAGCUCCGGCUAGGGAGGAGAAAAACUUUGGAUUCCGACCCCAUGUCGAAGUUCAUCAACGAGCUUCACGGUGAUUUGGAAAUGGUGUAUGUGGGGCAAAUGUGCCUUUCUUGGGAAAUACUUCAUUGGCAAUAUGAGAAAGCUAUUGAAAUAUGGGAAUCCGAUCCAUAUUGCCUGCGUCGGUACAAAUACAACGAAGUCGCCAGUGAAUUCCAACAGUUUCAAGUUUUGAUUCAAAGGUUCAUAGAGAAUGAACCCUUUGAAGGUCCUAGGGUACAAAACUACAUCAAGAAACGAUGUGUUCUGCGAAAUCUCCUUCAAGUUCCCGUAAUCCGAGAGGACAGCUUGAAGGAUACAAGGAAAGGUAGAAGAAAAGGAAGAGAUGACGAUGAUGAUUGUGUAAUUACAGCUGAUAUUUUAUUGGAGAUGAUGGAGGAGUCCAUACGAAUAUUUUGGCGAUUCAUUCGGGCUGAUAAAGAUGCAAACCAUGCGAUCCGUAAGAUCAGGACUGGAGCUCAAGUGGAACCUUUAGAGCCAGAUGAGCUUCAACUUUUAGCAACACUUCAAACAAGUUUACAAAGGAAGGAUAAGAAGCUUAGAGAGGCUUUGAGAAGUGGAAAGUGCAUGUUAAGGAGAUUGACGAAGAAUGAAGGGGAGAAUUCAGAUCAAGUCCUUUACUUCUUCUCACAAGUGGAUUUGAAAUUAGUGGAAAGAGUUUUGAACAUGUCUAAAGUCACCAAAGACCAACUCUUAUGGUGCCAUAGCAAAUUAAGCAAUAUUAAUUUUGUUAAUAGGAAGAUUAAUGUUGAACCAUCUUUUUUGCUUUUCCCCUGCUAAUAAUAUACUGUAUAUUUCC